CCGUGCCGUCAUCCGCCAGGCCGCCCACUCAGGAACCCUUUAAAAGAAACGGCCUUUAAGCUCUGGCCAAGCAUAAAAGCUUCCACUCCGCUGCAUCCAGCGUACUGAUUGUGGCGGGGCCCCUUUCUGGUGUCGCAUGCAUCUCGAAGUGUGCUCCUCCUUCAUUCUUCAAAAGUGCAAUACUCGCGCUGUGGUCUUAUCCCGAUAUCCUCGCGUUCGGAUAUAUAACGGUUAUUUAUAUCCGCUAGGCAAUUUCUGAAUCACUCGAUUUGAUCCACAGCUCGAAGCCUCUGGAAAAUGCCCUCAUGGCUACCUUCACUACCGUAUCCUCCCUCGAGCCGCGGAUACUGGCAUCCGGUGACAUCAACAAUCAAUUGGUGCGAAGAGGAUUAUUAUGCCACCAUUUACGCUGCAGAAGUUAUUAAUACCCUUACGAAUCUUCUAUUUCUCUACCUAGCAUAUAAAGGGAUCUCGAACUGUUGGACUCAAGGACAUGACAGCAUCUUUCUGGUAACCUUCGUAGGUUAUUUGUUAGUGGGUGCCGGCAGCUUUCUUUUCCACGCCACCUUGAAAUACCCAAUGCAACUUGUUGAUGAGCUCUCGAUGAUAUAUACGACGUGCCUGAUGUGCUAUGCGACUUUUUCCUACGCAAAGACUCGUUUAUACGCCUUUAUUCUCGCCAUUGCCCUUGUUUCACUUGCUCUUUUCAUCACAUUGUACUAUCACUACCUUCAGGAUCCAGCGUUUCAUCAGAAUGCAUACGCCAUUCUCACGGCAGUAGUCCUCCUGCGAAGUAUGUACGUCAUGGAGAUUAGCAUCCGACCCUCACUACGUCGAAGGGAGGCAAAUCAUAAAAAAGAAGAAAUUGAAGGCUCGCUCAGUCGUGAGACAAUUCAGGAACAGGAUAGAAAGGAUCGCAGGGACGAAGUGAUCCUGAAGGAUAUGUGGACCAUGAUUGCUUCUGGUCUCUCCAUAUUUCUGGGAGGAUUUGCGAUCUGGACAUUAGAUAAUGAAUAUUGUUCCAGCUUAAGAAGGUGGAGGAGACAGAUUGGUCUCCCUUGGGGCAUUCUUUUGGAAGGCCAUGGAUGGUGGCAUCUUAUGACUGGCAUCGGGGCCUACUUCUACAUUGUUUGGGGCAUCUGGCUACGACACUGCCUCAAUGGUCGACAGGAAGAGUAUAUGAUGUACUGGCCCCGUCUGUACGUUCUUCCGGAAAUACUUCGAAGGGAGCACGAGCCGGCCUUCCAUGAUGGUACUAUCACUAAGAAGGAAAAAUCCAAAUGAUUGACUGCGUUGCGAUCUGAUUACAAAUACAGAAGUCUACCCCAAGACGAAGUGUUGAACGGAACUUGCAAU